GCAUUUAUAAAAAUCAGUUCAUCGGGAGCCGCAAAAGCGAGUGCACACUUGACUCGUGGUACUGUUGUGAAAAAGCAUCCAAAAAAACACAUAAAAUAAAACAAACAAAUUAUAAUAAGAAAGUACAUAUAAUAUACUCAUUUGCUUAUAACACAAAUUUAGCAAAGCAAUAAAAAAUAUACUCUGCAAAAAAAUAUAAAAAGUUAAUCGGCUCCGUUUUAAUACAUAGCAUAUACAUAAUUUCGCAACUUUUAUCAGCGCUCGAUUGAAUUCAGAUUCUAGAAGUAUAAGCCUAAUCAUGUCCACGCUACAGCAGCCAAAUGGAUUACUUGACACUAAAACCGGCUUCAAGGGAGAGGAGUUUAUUGAUAUGGGAGAAGAUCACUCGGAGAAACACUCGCUUAACAAUGAUUUCAUGGAUUCGGAACGCAGUGAAGUAGAUGGCGCCGUACGACACCCAGAGGAAUUGGAUGCUCUGGAAGAGUACGCUGCUGUCGAUGUAAAUGCUUACGCUCAUAAGAAAACAUUGGCGCAGGGUAUGAUGGAUUUGGCAUUACUCACGGCAAAUGCCAAUCAGUUGCGCUAUGUGGUGGAGACCUAUAAGAAUCAUCCAUAUUUCUAUCCCAGUUUGGUAUUAUUGAUACUUAGUAUUGGCUUCCAAAUAGCCGUUGGCGUUGGUUUGAUACUCAACAGCCGUUACAAUAUUGAAGACAAAAAGGAAGUGUGUCAUGCUGAAAAAGUCAGCAAUUAUACAAUCUGUGGCAUUUUUAUAAUAACUGUGAUCAAUGUCUUCAUCUCUGCCUUUGGUGUGGCGGACGCCCCCGAUGGCAAGCAGUAGUGGAGACCGUGCCCGUUCAUCUGGGUUGCGAUAAAGAAACCAACAAAAAGCAACGUGAUAUCCAAUAC